AUGGACUGCACAGUUUAUCACUCAGUAGACCCUGGGAGCUUGAUCAAGAACAUGACCAUGCUGGCAACUCAGAAGCUGGAAAAGUACAUGGGACAUCCUGCUGAUCUAGGCGUCGUCUUCGAUCUCAGCUUGUACGGCACGUGGACCUGGAUUCCAGAUGAGAUCUUCCAGAGGUUCAAUUGGCCACAGAGCACCAAGAACCUUUUUGAGUUCGUGGAAGGGAAGUCUGGUGCGGCAGUGGCUUGUCGAAGGGUCCCGAAAUCUGUCCGGAUUACGGUAUUCUAA